CUAUCUUCAAGAAAUAAAGAAUUGUAAGGAGACUAACCAAUAAUUUUCGUUGUCUUUAUUUCUUGAAGCUAUGUCAGGAUCCUCAUUCAUAACUUCCAAAACAUUACCAUUGCAUCGCAAGUGGGUAAACUUGAUAAAUUCCCAAAAAUGCAGGAACUCAUUUGUUUACAAGACGGAUACGCUCAAGUCGGUCCUGAAAGUAUCGAAAGAGUCUUCCUUUCGCAAACAUUUAAUAAAGUUGACAACAGUCACGUAUUUUGAUAUUUCACUGUUGAACAAAUUUAAUACUUGUGACAGGUUAGCUAUCAAACAUUGCAUGUCCCUAACCUGGUGUCUCCUGGACUGAAAUCGAAACGGUCACGCGACCCACGCGUAUUUUUACCGUUCAACCGACCCCCACUGAAUAUAUCAUUUCACACUACAAUUUGACACCACAUUCAUGCCAUACAUCUUCGCAAUGAAUAACCUAAAAUACACUUUAUGAUUAUUGCUAUAGAAGUUAUUUUGGAUGGGGUUUGAGAGACUUCUAGGGUGGAUGGCACUGUGAUGGUACACCAUUUAUGUGAUUGAGUUCGCGUUUCAUGCUUUGCUGUAUUCAAAGUUAGUUUUGUUAUGUCUGCCUCCACCGAAUGUUUAAAAGUGACGUGUUCGCUCGCUGAUUUAUUGUCUCCGAGCAAACCUUUGGGGGGUUUAUUGCUUGGAUCGUAAACUUUGAUGCUCUAAUAGGCGGCGCGUUAAUACCGAUAAACAAAUUUCGUUACAGGUCAUAAUUUUCGUAGUAACUGCUUUAACACUGUGUAAAUUACGAAGAACUUGGGGAAAUGUUCGUGAUCACGGAAGCGAUGUUUUUGCUAAGUUAAAGAGAUGGGUAACGAUAUGCAUUGUGGACUCGUUAUUCGUGAUAUUAAAUUAACUUUUAAGUAUUAUAGGCCUAUUACUUUGAACUGAUUGUUGGUACGAAAUACUUCAUAAUUAAUCUAGGUUAAAUUCUGCUUCGCUCUUUAGUUAAUAGUGUGUAUUUUUAAACAAACGACGAUAUUUUUAACUAUUAGUCGCUCUUACUGUCACAACUGUAUACCUUAUGGGAAAAUAUGACUGUUGCUUUAUCUAGCCCACUGCUUAGCUGGGCAAAAGCCUUCCCUGAAAGAGUAUCUAUCUUUGAUCGCUUGAAGCCAGCACAUUUUUAAGAAAUAAAAAAUAUAAAGCAUAUACUUAGCGGAGCGGUUGCUGUAUAUAGCCAGUAGUUGCAGGCUUCUAUCAUAUUCAAGGUUUACAUCUUUUGCACACACGAUUUGUAUUAAAUUAUUACAACUUAAUAACAAAGACCUUAAUUUCUCUUACCCUUACCCCAAAUUACUUAAACUUAUUCUGGAACAUAUUCUGUAGAAGUCGAAAAUAAACUAACUGAACCUUUUCCUCUUGCAGGUUUGGUUCCAAAACCGUCGCGCGAAGUGGCGCCGUCAGGAGAAAAUGGAGGCUGCUCGGCUUGGGCUCUCGGAGUACGGCUGUGGGGCUGGUGGGGCGCUACCACGGCUCGGCGGCCUGGGGCUGCCUGUAGACCCCUGGCUCGCACCACCACUGCUGACUGCGUUACCUGGUUUCCUCAGCCACCCGCCUUCAGGGUACCCGAGCUACCUAACCCCGCCCGCGCCGGCGACUUCAGGCGCCCCACCGGACCCGCGAUCAUCCUCCAUCGCAGCACUCCGUAUGAAGGCUAAAGAACACGUCGAAAGCCUCAACAAAGGCCUCCAAAUGGUUUAAACUUAGCAAGUAAAGUGUUUAGAUGUAUUCAAGAUGUAUUCAACAACGGCACUUAACUGUAUUCAGAAAGUAUUCUUGAACGACACUCAUAAAAGUCGCGUUGUCAAUAUGGUGUCAAGCUGACUUUGAUUUUGUCGAAUCGAAUGAUGAUAUAAUAGAUAUUUUAGAACGCCACUUUGCUAAGUGUCGUUUGUUUGUAACGCUAUUAAUGUAUUAAAGUUGACUGUGGUAAGAAACUUUCUGUUCUUAAA